AUGAGUUGUAAUAGCAGUCGAUCAACCGUGGAGAACCCCAAGGGGUCUGGGGAUACUAGUGUUAAUGUACUAGCUAUAGAUUCUGAAGAACACAAAUCUAAGGAGACUUCUACGAACCCAUUGGUUCACCAACAGGAGGGAGAAAUUGAUUUGUCUACUUCAGAUGCCCUAGAAUCAGUUAAUGAGGAGAAACGACAACGAAUUUUGUCGCAAAAAGCAAUUCACAAUGCAAUACAAAAUAAAAGCACUGAACUAAAUAAAGCAGCAAAAUCAUUAUAUAUGUCAUCAGAUACUGUCUUGACCGCAUUGGAGAAAAAUAUUACGGAUAAAGAGAUAGAAACGGUCCUUGCACCAUUACAACAAGCUUACACCAAGUACCAAGCAAUACUCAAAGACAUUGAGACACUUUCAGAACAAGCCAAGUGGGGUGAAGCCCGUACCCAUAUUACUGAAGUAACAGAAUAUGCCCAAACCGCUUUAAAAUACGCUUCUACCGCAAUGAACAAAGCAAAAAGCCAACAAAGUCGCCUUGCCACCAAAACAG